AUGUCCAAAACUGUUAAGAAAGUGAAAUUUACAAAUGAUUUUCAAAUACAGCAACCUCCACGUGAUGAAUUCUUAACACUAAUGCGCCAAAUAUUCCACUGUGCCCGAUGUUUUGGCAUCGCAGGCUCCAGUAAGUAUUACUGGAAACUAUGGGGAGUUGUACUGCUUAUUUGUCUAACUGUAGUCGAGAUUGGAUCUAUAUGGAAAGUGGUAAAAGCACUCGCAGGAUGGGCGGUCAGCACGACGGGACAUAGAAGUGUCACAGCGCGGUUGGCGGGGGCAACACUAUACGCUAAUGCUGUACUGUCUCUCAUAUUGACAUGGAGAAUAUCAAGUUCUUGGGGGAAGAUAGCUGAUUACUGGAUAAUAAUAGAGCGAGCUAUAACCACCCGGAUACCAAGAGACAAAUACUUAGACAAGAAAAUGAUUGCAGUCGAAUUGUUUUUUAUUAUUUGUGCUGAACACACAAUGAGCGUGUUAGCAGUCAUCGGAUUGGAUUGUCCAGCUUCGCAUUUGCUGAAAAGAUACAUACUGGUCUCUCACGGAUUUUUAUUACAACCAGAUGACUAUUCAGUUUCGGUUGCGAUAUCAUUAAUUAUACUAAGUACAGUCGCGACCAUUUUGUGGAACUUUCAAGAUCUCUUAUUGAUUCUUAUAACGCUCGGAUUAGCAUCGAGAUAUCGUAGAAUCAAUUUUUAUGUCGCUAAUUAUUGUACUAAGAAUAAAAAGGAGACAGUUUCAAAGAACACAGAUAACGUUGAAAUAUUCACAUGGCGUAAAAUAAGAGAGGCGUACGUAAAACAAGCGACUCUCGUAAGGAAAGUGAACGACACAGUCGGAGCUCUCAUACUGCUGUCGAACUCUUGUAACUUUUACUUUACAUGCUUGCAGUUGUUUUUAGGAAUCACUCAGGGAAUGACUGAUACUGCUUUAACACAAAUGUAUUAUCUGUCCUCGUUUAUUUGGAUAUGCCUCCGUACAACGAUGGUGGUUCUCUCCGCCGCCGAUGUUAAUGUCAGCUCUAAAGGUGCAUUGCCCUAUAUUUAUGAAUAUCCCACUAAAGACUAUAACUUAGAGAUCGAGAGACUUCAGUAUCAAUUAAGUAAAGACUAUGUUGCUUUGAGCGGAAUGGGAUUCUUUUUUCUGACGAAAUCGAUACUUUUGCAGAUGGCGGGCGCAGUGGUGACAUACGAGUUGGUUCUCAUACAGUUUGACGACACCGAUCUCAACUCUACAGAUCCGAUAAAUGCUACAAUGAUAUAA